UCUUCUUCCGAAGAUGCUUCACCUUUUUCUCAUCACGUUUUUUCCUGGACUGCUACAUUCUGCAUCUGUGGCUUUUUCCGGACAGCAACAACAUCCGAUUCCUGACCCUUGCUACGAUGAAAACAGCCUACCUCGUCGCUGUGUACCGGAGUUUGUUAACGCAGCCUUUGGAAAAGAGGUUCAAGCCUCCAGCACUUGUGGGCGCCCAUCUACGCGGCAGUGUGAUGCCUCUGACCCAAAGCGAGCCCACCCACCGUCCUAUCUCACCGACCUCAACAAUGCCGGUAACAUGACUUGCUGGAGGUCAGAAAGCUUCCCCCGUCAUUCUCCGCAAAAUGUCAGUCUGACCCUUUCCUUAGGGAAGAAGUUUGAGGUGACUUAUGUCAGCCUGCAAUUCUGUUCUCCUCGGCCUGAAUCGGUGGCCAUCUACAAAUCUAUGGAUUAUGGGAAAACUUGGGUUCCUUACCAGUUUUACUCUUCCCAAUGCCGCCGGCUGUAUGGCAAACCAAGCCGUGCAAGUGUUACCAAACAAAAUGAGCAAGAGGCAUUGUGCACAGAUGGGUAUACUGACCUUUAUCCACUAACUGGUGGUCUUAUAGCGUUUAGCACUUUGGAUGGAAGACCUUCAGCCCAAGACUUUGAUAACAGUCCUGUCCUUCAGGACUGGGUGACUGCCACCGACAUCCGCGUGGUCUUCAGUCGACCUCACCUCCAGGGUAAUAGGGAUACUGAUGUAUCAGAGGAUGCGCCCGGCUAUUUUUACUCAGUUGGAGAGUUUCAAGUGGGUGGCAGGUGUAAGUGCAACGGACAUGCUUCUCGCUGUGGCAAAGACAAGGAGGGACGACUGGUGUGCGACUGUAAGCACAAUACAGAGGGGCCAGAAUGUGAUCGGUGCAAGGCCUUUCACUAUGACCGACCGUGGCAGAGGGCCAAUGCUCGUGAAGCCAACGAGUGCUUGGCUUGUACCUGUAACCUGCAUGCUCGCCGUUGUCGCUUCAACAUGGAACUGUACAAGCUGUCUGGAAGGAAGAGCGGAGGUGUGUGCCUAAACUGCAGGCACAAUACAGCGGGCAGGCAUUGCCACUACUGCAAAGAGGGCUUCUACCGGGACGUCAGCCGACCCAUCACCGACCGAAGAGCCUGCAAAGCUUGUGACUGUCAUCCAGUGGGGGCAGCAGGGAAGACCUGCAAUCAGACCACCGGACAAUGCCCAUGCAAAGAUGGUGUGACUGGACUAACAUGUAACCGAUGUGCCAAAGGAUAUCAGCAAAGUCGUUCACCCAUUGCUCCAUGCAUCAAAAUCCCAGCAGUGGUCCCAACUCCAGCCCUCACCAGCACAGAGGAGCCAGCUGAUUGUGAGCAGUACUGCAAGCCUCCAAAAGGAAACUACAAAAUCAACUUGAAGAAAUACUGCAAGAAAGAUUAUGUGGUCCAAGUGAACGUUUUGGAGAUUGAGAUGGUCGGAUCAUGGGCAAAGUUUACUGUCAACGUCCUUUCUGUGUACAAGUGCCGAGAUGACCGAGUGAAACGAGGAGACAAUGUGCUGUGGAUACACAUUAAAGAUUUGUCCUGCAAGUGCCCAAAGAUCCUGCUGAGCCGCCGCUACCUGAUAAUGGGCAGCAGCGAUGGUCCAGGAGACAGGCCAGGACUUACAGCUGACAAAAACAGCAUGGUGAUUCAGUGGAGGGACGCUUGGACCAGGCGUCUGAGGAAACUCCAGCGCAAAGAAAAAAAAGGAAAAUGUGUCAAGCCAUGAGGGUUGUCCAGGAACAAAAACUCUGAUCCUGUACAUAUGCAAUUUAUAAAGUUCUGGACGAUGGUCAUCUCCAAGGUUUGGAGGUCUGACUAAGAGCUGGGGUGCUCUUAGAUCCAUGUAUGUGGAAGGAGGCUUCUUUUCAAGACUUUAGUAGAGUCUCACUCACUGAAGCUAGAGUUAUGAUGUUAAUAAUCCAUGAUUAGAUCUACGCGCCUUUCUUAUAUGCUGGGAGACAGUAUCAGCCACUACCUGCCAGCCAACUAACUCCAAUGCACACUAGACACUGUCCCCUUCACUCAUGGGGUUCAGACCAGCAUACAGACAAUAUAAAAUGCUCUUGGAACAUUUAGAAUCAUCAUGGAAUUGUGGCCUGGUGUCACUUUGUUACAAAGCCUUGGUUCUUCGAGUUAAAGCCUCUCUAAAAUAUUUCUUUCUUAGACA